AUGUCAGAUAUCCUCCAAGAGCUGCUCCGAGUCUCUGAGAAAGCUGCCAACAUUGCCCGGGCGUGCAGGCAGCAGGAAGCCCUCUUCCAGCUGCUGAUAGAAGAAAAGAAAGAGGGAGAAAAGAACAAGAAGUUUGCAGUUGAUUUCAAGACCUUGGCUGAUGUGCUGGUACAGGAAGUUAUCAAAGGGAAUAUGGAGAACAAGUUUCCAGGCUUGGGGGAAAAAAUUUUUGGAGAAGAAUCCAAUGAAUUUACUAAUGAUUUGGGGGAGAAGAUUAUCAUGAGACUGUGUCCAACCGAGGAAGAAACAGUAGCUCUUCUCAGCAAAGUCCUUAAUGGUAACAAACUGGCAUCUGAGGCCUUAGCCAAGGUUGUCCACCAGGAUGUUUUCUUCAGUGACCCAGCCCUGGAGUCGGUGGAGGUCAGCAUUCCACAGGACAUCUUGGGAAUCUGGGUGGAUCCUAUAGAUUCGACUUAUCAGUAUAUAAAAGGUUCUGCUGACAUUAAACCCAACCAAGGAAUCUUCCCCAGCGGACUUCAGUGCGUCACGAUUUUAAUUGGUGUCUACGACACGCGGACAGGGGUGCCUCUCAUGGGGGUCAUCAACCAGCCUUUUGUGUCACAAGACCUAAACACCCUCAGGUGGAAAGGACAGUGCUACUGGGGCCUUUCUUACUUGGGGACCAACAUCCAUUCCCUUCUGCCUCCUGUCUCUACAAGAAGCAACAGUGAAAUGCAGAGCCAAGCGACCCAGAAGCCCAGCUCCGAAGGCUCCCACCCGUUCGCAGCUGUCAUCAGCACCAGCGAAAAGGAGGCCAUCAAGGGCGCGUUGUCACGCGUGUGUGGAGAGCGCGUCUUCCGGGCGGCUGGGGCUGGCUACAAGAGCCUCUGUGUGGUGCUCGGCCUCGUCGACAUUUACAUCUUCUCAGAAGACACCACGUUCAAGUGGGACUCCUGUGCUGGCCACGCCAUCCUCAGGGCCAUGGGCGGGGGGAUGGUGGACUUAAAGGAAUGCCUGGAAAGAAAUCCUGACGCGGGGCUUGACUUGCCACAGUUGGUAUAUCACGUGGGAAACGAAGGCGCCGCUGGAGUGGAUCAGUGGGCCAACAAGGGAGGACUCAUCGCGUACAGAUCAGAGAAGCAGCUGGAGGCAUUCUUGAGCCGCCUCCUCCAGCACCUGGCCCCUGUGGCGACACAUACGUAG